CGCGCGCGUGACACGCAGUACAUGGGAGUGGCGCGGGACGGUUGAAAAACUCAGGCAACAAACCACGACAGACAGAUUUGAAGCUAGCACUACGACUGGCAUUUCGAGGCCUAAUUGUUUUUUUAAAAUAACCAUUAGGCUGUAGAACGAACGUCGGGGUUGUUUUACGUUUACUUUUCCACGUAAACUCGAACUUCAAAUGUGAGCUCACUCACCGUCAAAGUGGGUACUGACGAACGCUAACGCUAAACUCGUUGACAUUCGGUUCCGCUAACCCCGCAAAGGUGUCGAAAAGCGCUUUCGCGAACAUGUCAUUAGCUCGAGUAGGAUGUCGGACACAACACGGCAAGGGCCCGAAAAAACCCCUACGCCCCAAGAAGACAGCACCUCUCCCAAAACGAGAGUGGGUGAGCACAGUCAGUGACCUGUCCGUGCACAAGCUGACCCCUGCCGAGCUGAACUAUCGGCGCGAAAUCCGUAAGUCGCACAACAAGGCCGCCGCUCAGUGGGAGCUGCGAGAGAAAGCACUGAAAGCUCGCCUUAGGCAGGCUGGAUGUGGUCCUUUAGACAAAGCCAGUCACACAAUCAUGAGAGAGGUGUUUUCUGACAAGCUGCUGCUACAUGAUGUGUUGGCCCGCUCCGACAGAGCCUUGGCCGUAGUCCAUGACCUCUUAGGAGAACCACCACUAAGGCAGACUGGACAUCCCUGCGUGACGAUGUCCCCACAUGUGGACUCUCCAGUUUUCCAGAGAUCCACCGAGCUGUCAUCCCUCAAUGACUCCAUGCUGGAUCAACAGGCCGUCUUCGAACCAGAGGACGACUACUACUACAGCGAUGAUGAGCGCGCCGAGGGAAAACUAUUCCAAUGUAAAAUGAAGGUGAAGAACAAGAUGGGAGGGCUUCAGCAUCAAAGGAUUCGUCAUGGUGUCUCUGAGUGCAGAUUUACUAGUCCUCAAACUCCCCGCAUACCGGCCAGACCACCAGCUCCAACUGCACUAAAUGCUACAGUGGCGGUCCAGCGUUUACUGUCCAGACACAACCACUCGAAUGAAGAGAACGAAGAGCCUUCCUUCCUGGUCUCGCAAGUCCUCAACCCUGAUCUUUCUCCUGGCGACCCAGGCAGGAGUCACUCUGCCAGGACCAGGAAGCGCGCCUGCAAAACCACCAAGUUGAAUGGCUCCUCCGUGGCCUCUCUCAGCGGCGAACCGUCCGGCUUGGGCCUACUGCAGACCAUGCUGGCCCAAGUGGAGCUCGACUUGGAUUCCCUCAGCCCGCAAACGUCGGCGCAGAGUCGGCAGCACCCGGCGCAAGGCCUCACCGGCUUCUCUGUGGCUUUGGUCUCCACUCUGGCGCGCCUGGUCCACCUCCUCAAAAAUCGAGAACACGACGCGGAGUGCGCGACCGACGAGAGACGGAAACUCGAGGAGAAGCUGAGAGAGCAACGACUGUUGAUUGACGCACUCACUGGAGAGACCAUGACCCUAAGGGAGGAGACCUCCUCACUAAAGGAAGAGUUGCAGCAGCGGACGGCAGAACUGGAGCGGAAGCAGGACUCGCUGAUGCUUGCAGUGGCGACACAAGUCAACCAACCCCAAGCCUCUGAUGUCAUAGCUACAGAUGAAUGGCCUGUUGCCGAACGACCACAAGUUGCCAAGUCUCCUACCAUCCGACUUUCCUCACCUGGACAGCAAGAUGCCUGGCAACCAAUUCCUGAGCCUGACCAGGGUGCCUACAACAAACUCCAAGCCCACAGCUCAUCAUCUUGUCUGGUCAGACUGCCUCACGCUAGCCUCCACCUCAUGUCACAACUUUCUCCUGACAUCUUGGAGGCCGAGAUCGCCGAGCUGUGCCGAAUCAGAGAUGCGAUCGCCGGUGCCCGGCAUAGCCGAGCUCGUUGCGUCGGCGGGUCGCCAAGCAGCAGCAGUGGCGUGGAGCCAAAAUGCUCGGCUUCCGUCAGCACCGGUGGAGUGACACCGGACAGGACGUCGCGGUUUGAGAGCGCCGCCAGUCUCAAUCAGCAUAUGGACCAAGUGAAUCAACAGGGGUCUGCGAAUAGUAACAAUGUAAGUAGUGUCCAUCAGCGCCUCCUAGAGCUCAACAAGCAAAGCGCAGCAGCCAGAGGACGAUUGCUGGAUCUCAUCGAGCAGCAGAAGCAGACCCUUUCCGCCAAAGUGCCUCUGUCCGGCUCGCCUGUGCCCCCCUCGGCCUUCAGCCCCCCGCCAUCGGGUGGCAGUGGAAGCAUUGACGGAUCUCUCCUGAUGCCGCCGGACGACCGACGAUCAGCCACUUUGCAAGUGUAUUCUCAGUAUUAUGAAGAGGCGCAGAGGGACGGAAGCACGCGGGCAAACACACACACAAAAGCAUCUGAUGUCUCUCAUCAGCUCAGUUGCAAAUAAACAUGUCAUUGUUUGUUCCUCCGCAGCAAAUAGACAAGCAGCAGGUACAGGUCUGUCUCGCUCUUUCUGCUCAUGUUCGAUGACAAGAAGAGGAUUUUUUUUUUUUAAAUGUCGGAAUUAAAUGUGUUUAUAUCGAAGUGUGACUUCUACGGUUGGACAGAAUGGCAAUUCUGCUUUGAUUGCCAUUCCCUCCGCUUUUAACAAAUAAAUCAAUGUCUUUGUCGCACUGUAUUCAAUUGAUGAGUUCUCAUUUUACGGUGGUCGCCUUUUUGCAGCACGCCGAUACCGCGGCAAGCGAUAGUAAUGACGACUGAGGACGUCUCGAGUGUGUGCAGGGAGUCGGGAGGCGAUGCGGCGCGGUACAAAGUCAGUCGAUGGCAACGUGGAGUCAAUUCUGAAAGAAUAAGCAUGAAGAAGCAUCAAAAAGUCGGUUUCCAGCACUGGACGGGAGACGAUGACCUCACAGCUGUUUUGGCUCAACCUUGACGAAUUCCUUCGACUUCUCCUACCGCCCCCUCGGCCUUCCAGAAGGUGCUCGACUGGUUAAUGCGUCGACCUCACAGUGCAGAGGUUCGAUUCCAGCUGCGGCCUUCCUGUGUGGAGUUUGCAUGUUCGCCUACGUGGGUUUUCUCCGGUGAUGGAUGUGCUCAAGAAUUCCCCUAGUGAGAGAAAUAAACGGACUGAAGCAAAAUGGAGGUGAGAUAAUUCCCCAACAUUGUUUUCCCACAUGCUUUGGAAAAAAAAAAAGUCGACACGUAUGAUUUGCCGACGGGGAGCUAAAAACAAAAGAAAACGUGAGCGUAAAAAUAAGCAAAUAAAUAAAUAAGUCCGCUGUCAUAGUAACAUUCUUGAAGCAAAAACGCUGGCGUUGGGCGACGGCCAAUGUUUGCCGGGCGCAAACCCGCCACCGCCCGUUUCACAGCGUCUCCGUACUCAGUUGGGGAAACAUUGUGGCUUUGCAACUAAAAAUUAACAGCAUCACAUUAAAGAAAAAACCCACAAAAA